AUGAAAACAUUAGGAUUCAUUUCUCAAUGGGGCGCAUUAGCUGGUCGAUAUGCAGCUCUUUAUCCAACUGGUUUUCCUUGGCCUUCAACAGCUCAACGACUGCCUUUUCACAGUUCAAAUGAUAGUUCAACAAAUAAUGCGGAAAAUCUUUCGCCAUCGUUGACGCCUCCACCGUCCGCACCAUCAAAAUCCCCGCAAUCAAAUCAAACUUAUAUGCCUAAAGACGGCAAUGACUCAGAUGAUGAACAUGAGAUAAUCGAAGAAGAUGAUGAAGACAGUACUGAAGGUCGCAACACGGAAAACGCAUCUCCAAAUUCCCUGCAGAACAAAAGGAAAAAGAAGACUCGAACAGUUUUUUCACGCGCUCAAGUUUUCCAGCUGGAAUCGACCUUUGAUUUGAAAAGAUAUCUCAGUUCUUCCGAGAGAGCCGGUCUGGCUGCUUCACUACGACUGACAGAAACACAAGUAAAAAUAUGGUUUCAAAAUAGAAGAAAUAAAUGGAAACGACAACUGGCAGCUGAAUUGGAAGCAGCAAAUAUGGCAAAUAUGGCCCAUGCCGCACAAAGGCUUGUUCGCGUCCCAGUGUUAUAUCAUGAAGGUCAAAAUUUCGUUCCUCCACCAUCUCACUAUAUUAAUUAUUCAAGGGCCAACAGUCCACCGCGACCACAAUUAUCAUCACUCGUUUAGAAUCGAGAACUUGAAUAUAUUAAAGGUCGUAAUUGACAUCAGAAAUUUAGUCAUCCCCUGCCGUACUUGUGAUCAUCAGUCGGCGACAAAUUUCAAGCCAAAAACAAUUUAAUUAAAAUGCGAGAAUGUUGUUUGAAAACAUUUAAUUAUAUUUUCUUUCCUAUCUAAUUAAAAGCUUCUAAUUUAACGUCCCUUUAAACAUUUUUGGGCAGAUGCGAAUGUCAUUGAAAGGUGAAACUGACCGACUAUAAGAUAAAUUAAUAAUGCUCUCCAUGUGGUUUUUAAUUGUUUAGUUUUUGCUAGCCAAGCCAUAAUCUAGUG